AUGUAUUUCUUUCUAUCAACGUUUAUGUAUCGAUCUAUCUAUCUAUCGCAUUAUGGUAUUUAUCCCAGUGUUUAUCUAUCUAUCUAUCUAUCUAUCUAUCUAUCUAUCUAUCUAUCUAUCUAUCUAUCUGUGUCUGUCUACAUAUCCCUAUAUGCAGGCAUAAAUAUGCAUUUUAUAAUAUUCCUACCCAUGUGUUAUAUAUGUUCAUAUGGAUCGCUCUAUCUGUGUGUGCUUGUUAUUAUCUAUCUAUCUAUCUAUCUAUCUAUCUAUCUAUCUAUCUAUCUAUUGAUCGAUCGAUCUAUAUAUCAUGUAGCUAUCGCUCAUUUCUUUAUAUCUCUCUUAAUAUCUAUCUCUCCUAAUAUCUAUCUCUUAAUAUCUCAUCUGGCUAUCAAUCCCUCCAUCUUUGUAGCUAUCAUUCAUUUGUCUCUCUCUCUGUAUCUCUCUCUCUCUCUCUCUCUCUCUCACUCUCUAUCCAUCUAUCUAUCUUUUAUCUAUCUAUCUAUCUAUCUAUCUAUCUAUCUAUCUAUCUAUCUAUCUAUCUCUGUCUGUCUGUCUGUCUUAACCAUCUGCAUCGUUUGUUUCUUUUUGUUUUCUUUAUUCUUAUUUUUCCCUUUUCUUAUUUACCUCCGCGUUUUUGUUUUGCUCAUAUCUAUUUGCUUUUCAAUUCUUGUAUUUCUCUUAUUUUUAAUUCUUUUUUGUAUUUCUUCUUCUUCUUCUUCUUCUUCUUCUUCUUCUUCCAAUCCCCCUCCUUCUUCUUCCAAUUCUCCUUCUUUUUUUCUCUUCUUGUUUCUCUUGGUCUUUAAUUCCUGCUUCUUCUUCAUUUUUUUCAUUCUUUUCUCUCUUCUUCUUUUACUCCGUCUUCUUUCAAUACUUCUUCAACGCUCCCCCUUUCUUCUUUCUUCUUCUUCUUCUUCUUCUUCUUCUUCUUCUUCUCUAUAUUAUUAUUAUUAUUAG